GUGACUUGCAUCCGUAAGCAAUGUCGUUUCUGCAUAACCUAGUCAAGAGUUUUAGGGAUGAACGUGCCCAAAGAGACAAAGCACGGGCUAUCGCAACCGAAAUCUUGAACACUUACGAUGAGCUCCAGAGUCUGGAUUCAUUGGCGCCAAGUCCAAAAGUCAACGAGCUUUUGACAAACCUGGUCGGGCUAUGCGCGUCCAGUCAAGAUGAGCGCGUUGUGAACAUGGUCCUCGGCUCUAAGCCUCUUCGGCGUGUUCUCGUGGAACUCCGCGACAUGUGCUCGACGGCCGAGUUCCACCUCGAGUCCCACUGGUCGAAGCGCAUCCACAAUCGCGAGGAGGCAUGCGACUCCUCUGGCGUUUGGGAGCCCGACGCCUGGGACCGCCUGCGGGCUUUCCCGUACUUCAAUAACUACGAGGAGUUGGUGCGAAUCGAGCUUGCGGCGAUAUAUAACGUCCUCCACACACCUCCGGCCAAGAUUGCCUACAUCGGCUCCGGACCCUUACCUCUAACUUCCUUUUGCUUGCUCCAAGCGCUGACAGAGGGACCAAAUCCUUGGGGUACCAAACGCGCUACUGAGAUCCUGAAUAUUGAUCGUAGCGCCGACGCUGUGGCUACUUCAAAGGCAUUGGCGCAAGACUUGGGUCUCGUCGAGAAGGGCAUGCAGUUUACAGUAUCCGAUGCUGAUGAUGAGAUAUUGAAUCUGAGGGGAUUUCCAGUCGUUUGCCUGGCUGCACUGGUCGGGUCGACACAGGGUGAAAAGGAGGAAUUACUCUGCAGCAUCGCGAGUCGAAUGGACGUUGGUGCGUUACUGGUGACGCGGUCCGCUUGGGGGUUGAGGAAGUGUUUGUAUCCUGAGCUGCAUAUCACCGAUCGGAUGUUGGAGCAUUUGGAAGUCUGUCUUGUGCUUCACCCCCAUGGGAAUGUCAUCAACUCAGUCUUAGUAGCGCGGGUAAAGCCUCGGGCUAAGUCUGGAUAGAGGUUAUCGAGCAGUUAUCGCAACAAAUGAUUUGGCCCUGAGCAUAUUCAAAACACUCGCAUUAUCGCGGGGUGGGAGUUUGGAGGGUGAUGACCUCACUACUUGAACCAUAUUUUGGAUCCUUAUUAUGUUGAUUCACCUUAAUUCGCGCCGUUAUCUCAUGGGAGGGUUUGAAAAGCUACUGACAAUAGGUGUCACUGAUGGCAAAGGUUACCUAAUAUCCAAUAGUGUCUUUGUACUCGGAUUGACAAUGACUUGCAGAAAUCUCUGAUUGUAGCCACUCAGCAC